AUGACAGGGAGGAAGUCCGUACGACGGCUUCUCGUCAUAUUCUGUUCGUGCCUAGUGGGGUUUUCCGCGGUGCUAACUAUUUGGCGCCAGUCGUUCUUUUUUUCGGUGCGAAGCGGAAAAGCGUUCAUUGCUGGUCCGAAGCAGCUGCAGGCACGAGCAGAACCCGCGGCUAGGGCUCCUAUGCUAUGUUUUGGCGCAGAGUUCGAGCACCACGGCUUCACAACUCGUCUCUUAGCAAGCAUCGACGAGCCUGUGAAGCACGUAGUCGUCGUUCUCGCUGGAGAAGAUCCCUCUAUCUUGGAACUGGAACAGACGAUACGUCAGGACUACCCAUUUUGUACAAUAAUUCGCAAGAAACAACGCAUCGGUAAUGUUGGCAUCUGGAAUACGUGCAUGCGCUAUAUGCUUGAUGUAGCGAAGGUGCCGUGGGCGCUGCUUCUGAACAACGACAUCAUGAUGCCACCCGGUUCCCUAGGAAAUGUUUCCGUGGAAGCGCAGAGAGUUGUACAGAAUCCGGAGUUUUGUCUGGGGCCCACAAAGUUGCGCAACGUGAGAAAAAUGCUAUGGUCUGCGCUGGUUGUCUCACGAAGAACGGCGCAGAUUGCCGGCUUCUUCGAUGAAAACAUUUUUCCUGCGUAUUACGAAGACAAUGAGUUUAGUAUUCGAAUACGGAAGAUUCACGAAAGCGGCACACCCUGCCGCCUCUUUCCAGUACGUGUCCGUAAUACCUUCCAUCACGGUCCAGCGGACUCGCCGGAUUACAUUUCCGGUACGGUUAUUUAUUACAACGGCGGUGGCGACCGAUCAAAGAAGGUCAUACAAGAUCGGGCAAAUGCGUGGAAUCCGCACUAUGUGGCUCUUAAAUGGGACUGCCCACUUUACUUGUGGGAAAAGUGCAAGAACAUGCAUCCGUUCGGUCGAAGUGAUUUGUCUCCAAAAGAUUGGGCUUUUGAUCCGGGUUAUCGGCAUUGCCUUGAAACGGGCGAGUCUGGUGGUCAGUUCGGCUGCCGCUAUAACGUAAGUGUAUUGCCGAGAGAGCCGGCUUCCUCUCAAAUUUCGAGAGUGAGCUAG